AUGGCGGCGGCUGUGCGCGCGCUGCUCAUGGCGGUUGCGGGUGCCUGUAUCGUUCUCUCCUCUGCUGAUUCUAUGGCCCCUCUUUCAUCCUCUCCGUCCAUGUCCCCUUCACCUCGCCAGCUUCUUGUACAGUCCAUGUCGGGCAAGACACACGCUGUCCUGGUCGAAGACGCAGAGCGUUUGUCGGAUGUGAAGGAAAGGAUCAUGCGCAAGGAGGGUGUUAGCAAUGGCUUCUCGAGACUCGAAUUCGGAGGCCAGGUCCUUGAUGAAGACAGACUUGUCAAGGAUUACAAUAUCCCGCAAGAUGCCACUGUCCGCAUGUGUCUGCGGGUUCGUGGUGGAAUGCAGAUGUUUGCUAUGGAUUUUCCGAUGACUCACGGAUUGUUCCAGGUUUUUGUGAAGACCUUGACGGGGAAAACUAUCACCCUUGAAGUCGAGAGCUCUGACACCAUUGAGAAUGUCAAGAGCAAGAUCCAAGAUAAGGAAGGAAUUCCUCCUGAUCAGCAACGCCUUAUCUUUGCUGGAAAGCAGCUUGAGGAUGGCAGGACGCUGGCAGAUUACAACAUUCAGAAGGAAUCGACUUUGCAUUUGGUGCUUCGUCUGCGUGGUGGAAGUUAUUGA